AUGACACUUAGUGAUAGUUCGAACAUUUUUCUUUGCUGCAUCAAUGUCCUGUUCGGUUUUCCAACAAACUCCUAUAUUAUUUGGCUUAUCGUCACAGGAACAAAAAGUUCAAUUAUAUCGAAAUUUUUCCACCUCAAUCUUUCAGUUUGUGAGAUUGGUAACUGUCUGAAUUCGUUAUUUGUUAUUCUGUUACUUUUGUCAUCAAGUCUUGCACCACUCUCCAAUUUUUUUCAAGGACUUGGCAUCACUGGUCGUCCUCUUUUUCAGUGUCUGAUCUCUGUUGAGCGUUACAUUGCAGUGGUUCAUCCUGUAACCUUUCUGAAGUACAAGAGUCUCAGAUAUAGAUGCAUGUUCUCAACAUGUGCCUGGAUAACUUGUCUUGCUUCUUGUUGUUGGUGCAUCUUUAUUUUUUCUGUAUUAAACGGUAUUUUUACAUUGUUCUUUUUGGUUCAGUUCCUCGUCUUCCUUUCAAUUCAGUUGUUUAGCCUUAUGGCUGUUCUCAGAGCUCUAAAGAAGCCAGGACCAGGAGAGAGAGGGAAAGGGAGAGAAGAGGAAAACCACAUGAAGAGAAGAGCGUUUUAUCUUAUACUAAUAACUACUUUCAACAUGGUUAUUCUUUAUGUCCCAUUUAUUGUCUCAGGAUUUGUUUUUAUUUUCACAAACCUUACAUCUUUUGGAUUUUGGUUUUCUUCUGUGUUUUGUUAUGUUUUGGCAGGUUUUGUACAGCCUGUUCUUUUUCUGCAGAGAGCCGGAAAACUCUCCUGCUUCUGCUCUGCAUAA